AUCAGGAUGCUCAUCAGGCUUCUAACAUUGAGGACUUAAUUCAGGUUAUACAUGCAUCAUUCUCAGUUAUGCGCAAGCAGUGGUCAGAUGCCAUGCAUAAUUUUCAUGAGAAGUUUGAUUCUUUAUCUACUCUAAUUGUCAACCAUGGUAAAUGCUAAUUAGAGUACUACAUGAUAGCUUAGUACUUAAAUUUUCAAGUCGUUGUUUCUCUAUUCGCUAUUUUCUAUCAUAUGCAAGUAGCUCUGGAUUCAUCUCCUCAAGAGGAGUUUCUAAGCCUCCUAGGUGGUGCUCACGCUAGUCCUCCAGUUCAUCAAUUUCUUGUUUACUCUCUUGGGGGUGAAGCGCAUAUCAAAGGUUGUCUGUGGUUCUGGAAAAGAACUUCGGCAUAUUAUCCUCAAUCAUCUUCAGGUGCCGUAUUAAAUUUCUUUUUCGGAAUGACUUGUUGCACGAUCCUUUAUGUUGUAGAAUAUCUUUCAUUAUUUUGGCUUUCAAAAGAUCUAUAAUUUGGGUUCAUAAAUGAUUGCAUCAGAACAUGAAAUUUGUAAUUCACAAGCUGCUGCUCUCCUUCAUGUUUAUGCAAUCUGGCUGCUGAUAUUUCUGGUAUAGUCUAGUCAGACUCAGAAUUAUGAUUAUUACCGAGCAUGGUCAAGAAUGCCUUUAAAUUUCAUAAUUAGCCCAGCCUACUUGUUAAGCUUAUGUUUAAGGCAUACAUGUUUCUCUUUUUAUUUAUUUAUCGCAAGUUCUUAUAGGAUAAGUUUCAUUGUGCCUAAUGUAAUAUUUUCCCAUUCUGUUCCUUACUAUGAGGGGUUUUGGUGCAAACUAAAGAUGAAAAUCCAUUUCCCAGCCUGCUGCAGAAAUUAUUGGAUUCAGGAUGAGAGAACUGAGGGGACUUUCAAGAUGGUGAGAACUCUGUUAAGGGAUUGGGUUGGAUGAGAUACUUAUAAAUAAUGCAACAAAAAAAUCUGGCUUGUUACUACUACAAGUUGAAAGAUUUAUGAGGGUCCUAUCCUCUGUUGUACAACAGUGAACUUGUUGUAUUCUUGAAGUUUUUAUAUGACCAAGAUCCCGUUAGGGUGUUGCUUGAGCUGUCUGAAGUAGAUCGCAAAAUUGAAAUUUAUAUGGAUACAAUACAAAGGAUUAGAGCAUUAGUUUGUUUUGGUGGAUUUUCAGAUUGUGAAUAUCUCCAGCACACACUGGCCAAGGAAUUUCUACAGAUGGAAUCUAGUUUCAAGAAGGCCUUCCUGAUGCACUUUACUACUAUUUCACGGAAGAUACUUCACAAGGAUGUUCUAUCACUGGUUUCACUCUUAUCUUCACGAGCACCAUUAUUCAUCACCAUUCCUUCGUCAGUAUCAUACUACAAGGAUGACUCUGGCUAUUUGAUCUUAUCAGGAUGGCAAACAUAGGUAUAUCAAUUAUAUCUCUUUCCUAGUAGCAUCCAGAGGCGUAGCUUGUGUUUUCGCUGCAAGAAAGCUUGCGUUGGAGUACAUCCUGUAUGAAGAGGAAGACAAAGUUUCUAAGGUAGAAGUUGGAUUGUAAAACAAUUAACCAUUAAUGGAGGCAGGGUUUAUUCUCUCUAUUAAUAAUUAAAUAAAGUAUAAUUUGCACU